AUGACACCUGAUAAAAAGUACAAGCCUGCAACCGAGAAUGACUACAAUAUUCACGAUCUUUCAAGUGGAGAUGAGACCGACCAAGAGGAUGCUCCACGAAAGAAGGUGCCAGCUUGGGCGGAAGGAACUCAAUUGAAGCGUGCAUUGGAGAAAAUUAAUAGAGAUAUCUACUCGGGCCUGUUUGAUCCUAAUAAGUAUUUUGGAGAGAUUGAAGCGGUGAGUGAUUUCUUUUCCGAAACUGUUUUUUCUGAUGGUUGUCGGCUUGAGACGUCAAAUGUAGAGAAUAGAUCGCCCUCUCGUCACAGCAGUCACGACUCUUAUGAAAUGACACCUGAUAAAAAGUACAAUCCUGCAACCGAGAAUGACUACAAUAUUCACGAUCUUUCAAGUGGAGAUGAGACCGACCAAGAGGAUGCUCCACGAAAGAAGGUGCCAGCUUGGGCGGAAGGAACUCAAUUGAAGCGUGCAUUGGAGAAAAUUAAUAAAGAUAUUUACUCGGGCUUGUUUGAUCCUAAUAAGUACUUUGGAGAGAUUGAAGCGGUGAGUGAUUUCUUUUCCAAAUCUGUUUUUUCUGAUGGUUGUCGGCUUGAAGUAUCUUUUUUCGUUAAUACUAAGAACGAUACUUAAAG